AUGCAGAUGUCUGCCUGCACCAAUCUCUGUUCCCUGCAAAAUUCAUCAUCGUCAUUCCAUGGAAAUGGAAUCGUUCUUCCAUUGUCUUUCUCCAUGGGUCGGCGCCGGUUUUUGUCAUCGAUUUGUAUUCGAUCUUCAUAUUCAACGAGAGAAGACGACUAUGCUUCCCUGCCCAUUUCAGUCGACAUUGCCAGAGAUGGAGUCCAAGGCUUAGUUGAAGGAGCAACGCCCGACAUGAUGAAAAGGCGGAUGCUACUCGCAAGUAUUUCAGUACUUCUAUGUUGCGAUCCUCCAAGAUACAUGUCAGCAAAAGCAUUGGGGGAUCCUUCGAUGACGCUCGAACAAGUAACUCCUCCUGUUAUUGGCCCUGGAACACUCUUUCCUACAGAGGAAAGAGUUGUCAGGCUGUUUGAAGGCAAUACAUACUCGGUUGUCAAUAUCUUUGAUGUUACUUUGCGCCCACAACUAAAAAUGACUGGUGUUGUUGAGAUUCCCGAAGGAAACGGUUCUGGUGUUAUCUGGGACAGUCAGGGGCAUGUUGUCACAAAUUACCAUGUGAUAGGUAAUUCACUUUCAAGAAAUCCAAGUCCUGGUCAAGUUGUUGCAAGAGUAAAUAUUCUGACAUCAGAGGGGAUUCAGAAGAAUUUUGAGGGAAGGCUGAUUGGUGCCGACCGUGCUAAGGACCUUGCUGUAUUGCAGGUAGAAGCACCUGAAGAUCUAUUGAAACCGACAAAGCUGGGGGAAUCUUCUUCUGUGAGGGUUGGACAACAAUGCCUAGCAAUUGGAAAUCCUUUUGGUUUCGACCAUACACUCACCGUUGGAGUUAUUAGCGGGCUUAAUCGAGAUAUUUUUAGCCAAACAGGUGUGACGAUUAGUGGUGGAAUUCAAACAGAUGCUGCUAUCAACCCAGGGAAUAGUGGUGGCCCUUUGUUGGAUUCCAAAGGAAACUUGAUUGGGAUUAAUACAGCAAUAUUUACUCAGACAGGGACAUCAGCUGGAGUAGGGUUUGCCAUUCCAUCUUCAACCGUGGCCAAGAUUGUACCCCAGUUAAUUAAAUUCGGUAAAGCUGUUCGAGCUGGUUUGAAUGUGGACAUUGCUCCUGAUCCAGUUGCAAGUCAACUCACUGUUCGUAAUGGUGCCCUAAUUUUGCAGGUUCCCACAAAUAGUCUUGCUGCCAAGGCUGGCCUACUUCCAACCACAAGGGGGUUCGCUGGGAACAUAGUUUUAGGCGACAUCAUUGUUGCAGUGGACAAUAAACCGGUGAAAAGCAAAACAGAGUUGGACAGAGUAUUGGAUGAUUACAAUGUCGGGGACGAAGUACUGUUGAAGAUUCAGAGAAGUGGGGAGAACUUGGAACUACCUGUGACUCUAGAGCAAAGAAGUUGA